AUGUUCCUAUCUACCGCCACCGUUGCCAUCGCCGCGGCCACAGCCGGCCUCGUCUCGGCGGCACCAGUGACAGAGAAGCGCGCAGACGGCAUCAACGACGGCGUCAUCCUCAACUAUGCCCUCACGCUCGAGCAUCUCGAGGACACCUUUUAUCGCCAGGGCCUUGCCAACUUUACCGAGGACGACUUCAAGGCCGCAGGGUUCGACGAGACCUUUUACGGAAACGUGAAGAAGGUCUCCGCUGAUGAGACUGCGCAUGUCGGAUUCCUCACCGAGGCGCUCAAAGCCGCCGGCGUCGCCCCCGUGGCCGAGUGCACCUACAACUUCGGCGUCACCGACGUCAAGACGUUCCUCGCCACGGCGUCCGUCCUCGAGGGCGUGGGCGUGUCGGCGUAUCUCGGCGCGGCGGCCGACAUCAUGAGCAAGACGUACCUGACGGCGGCGGGCUCCAUCCUCACGGUCGAGGCGCGGCACUCGUCGUACAUCCGCGCGGGGCUCAAGCAGGCGCCGUUUGCGCAGCCCUUCGACGCGCCCCUUUCCAUCAACGAGGUGUACUCGCUCGCGUCGCAGUUCAUCGUGUCGUGCCCCAAGGAGAACCCGCCGCUGCCGGUCAAGGCGUUCCCGAGGCUGGCGCUGAGCCCCGACACGCGGAUGCCGGUCAAGACGGGCGACACGGUGACGCUACUGACUCCGGACUAUACGCUCAAGGGCGCCGAGGGGCAGAAGAUCUACGCGGCUUUCAUCGCUGUUACGGGCCCGACGUUUGUUGAGGCUACGCCCGUGCAAGGCGGCUUCUCCGUCAAGAUCCCUGAGGGCUUCGCGGGGCAGUCGUACGUGGUGCUGACGGGCUGCAACGACUCCGUCACCGACGACACGGUGGCCGCGGGACCAGCUAUCAUCGAGAUUUCAAGCUAGGGCAGCGGAGAUUGUCCAGUAAUUUGGAGGUCUGUUGUAUGAUAUCUGGAAGAGGACUCACGAAAUGGCAUACCAGCUAGGGAGGGUGCCGUAGCAAUUUGGAACGUCAUCGAGUACAUAACAAAUGAUUGAACA